CGUCAUGAGGGUCUCUGCGGGGAUGUGGGGCGGGUGGCUCUUCUGCCUCGCCUGGGUCGGCGAUUUCGGGCGUGCCCAGAGCAUCUUCGCUCCUCUGCGUCUCCACGAGGCCCCCCGUCCCGAUCCCUCCCGGCUCUUGGGGCUUCACGCUUACCGCACUUGCUAUAUCACCCAGAAGAUUGAUCACUUUGGUUUUGCUGAAAAUCGCACUUUCAAGCAGCGUUACCUCCUAGCAGAUCAGCACUGGAAGAAAGGCGUUGGAUCCAUCCUCUUCUACACUGGCAAUGAAGGGGACAUCUCCUGGUUUGCAAAUAACACGGGUUUCAUGUGGAAUGUGGCUGAAGAAUUAGGUGCAAUCCUGGUUUUUGCCGAACACCGAUAUUACGGGGAGUCUUUGCCUUUUGGAAAUAAGUCAUACACUGAUGCCAAGCAUCUGAACUACUUGACUUCAGAGCAAGCUCUGGCUGAUUUUGCAAUACUUAUCCAGCACUUGAAAAAUACAAUUCCUGGAGCGCAGAAUACUCCAGUGAUUGCCAUAGGAGGAUCCUAUGGAGGAAUGCUCGCUGCCUGGUUCCGAAUGAAGUAUCCCCACAUAGUAAUUGGAGCUUUGGCUGCGUCGGCCCCCAUUUGGCAGUUUGACAGCUUGGUUCCCUGUGGUUCCUUUUAUAAGAUAGUGACUGAAGAUUUCAGAAAAGGUGGGCUUGGCUGUUCAGAAACCAUUCGGAAUUCCUGGGCAGCCAUUAAGCGUAUUGCUGGCACAGAGAAAGGCUUGCAAUGGCUUUCCCACACAUUUCAUUUGUGCAGUCCCUUGAAAACCACAACAGAUGUCAUCAACUUCAAAGAAUUGCUGAGAGAGGCAUGGAUAUAUUUGGCUAUGGUAGACUAUCCAUAUGAAGCAGCCUUCUUACAGCCUCUUCCUGCCUGGCCUGUUAAGGUUAUCUGUAAAUAUCUGAAAAAUCCUAAACUGCCAGACAGAUUGUUGCUCCAGAAUAUCUUCCAGGCUGUAAACAUCUACUACAACUACACAGGAAAGGCGUCCUGCUUGAACUUAACUCAGACUGCUACUAAAAGUCUGGGCCUUCGGGGCUGGUCUUACCAGGCCUGCACUGAGAUGGUGAUGCCCAUGUGUUCAGAUGGUAUCAAUGAUAUGUUUGAGCCACAGAAAUGGGACUUCCAUGCUUACUCAGAAGAUUGUUUCAAAACCUGGGGGGUACGACCCCGCCCUUACUGGAUUCCCACUAUUUAUGGUGGGAAAAACAUAAGUGCUCAUAGUAACAUCAUUUUCAGCAACGGAGGACUCGAUCCUUGGUCCGGCGGUGGCGUGACAAAGAAUAUCACGGACACUCUAGUUACAAUCGUGAUCCCGGAAGGAGCUCACCAUCUGGAUCUGCGCGCCAACAACCCCUCGGAUCCCAUCUCCGUCCUGCAGGCUCGCCUCUUGGAAGUCCACUACAUGAAGUUGUGGUUACAGAAGCAAAAGAGGGUUAAAAAGUGCCCAAAGUAACUGGAUUAUAGUUGGAUUUUUUGGUGUUGUUUUUUUUUGGUAGCAAAUACUUUCUUCUAGUUACCAUCUCCUUUCUGGAUUGUCACUUCUUCAUCUCGCUUCCUGGGCCUUCUCUACCUUCUCCCAAUUUUUAAUCCCAGUGUUUGUUUGAGGGAAGCUGGAUCCUCCACGGCUCAGCUUCGCUUGGUGACAUCCCAUCCAUGUAUCUCAUUACAGGAAGCCGAGAGGAUUGAGCUGUAGCACUAGUGGUAGGGAUUCAAGUAAGUGAAUCACCGGUUCUCUGUUUGGAUGCCACUUUCGGAUGUCCAUUCUGGGCCUGGGCAACAAAAAAUAUAGCUACCGGUUCUGCUGAAGUGGUGCGAACUGGCUGAUUCCCACCACUGUGUAGGAGCCACAACUGGGAAUGCUUCUAUUCCUCAACCCCUUUCGCCUUUCUCCUGCCCCACUUGCUUAGCUGUCUUCAUACGGGGAGCUGGACUCCAUAUUGUCUUAAUUUAAGGAACUCAAGGGAAAAACAGGUGGUAGGGUAGCUGAUAGCCUUCUGACUUUAAAGAAAGAAUAGACAAAUUUGUGAAGGAACAUUUGUCCUCAAAAUACUUGAGACAAUAAUUACGUUGUCCCUUGCCACUGGCUGGAAGGCAUUCCACUUGUACGGAUCCUGCUCUUGAUCUGGGCUGUUUACUUUGAAAUCCAGUCAACAGGAAGCACUAUUAGAGCAGAAGACUGUUGUUUUUGUGUGUUGUUUGGUUGCCAGGAUGGUGCUAAACAAGAUGGGCCUGUGGCCACUUGUGCUGAGCUACCAUGCUAGUAGUUGCUCAGCUAGAAGAUAGGGAGUAUGUAGAUCAGAGGUCUUCAAACUUGGCAACUUUAAGACUUGUGGACUGCAAUUCCCAGAAUUCCUCAGCCAGCCCUCAGGGCUGGCUGAGGAAUUCUGGGAGUUGAAGUCCACAAGUUUUAAAGUUGCCAGGCUUGAAGUUCCCUGGUGUAGAUCAUCCCCUGCAAGUCAGACAUUUUGGUUCUGACCAGGUUUAACACCAGUGAUAGUUGAAAUUACUACAGAUAGUCCUCAACAUACAGCCAUAUUUGAGCCCAACAUUUUUGUUGUUGAGCGGAACAUUUGUUACAUGAACUUUGCCCCAUUUUACAACCUUUCUUGCCACAGUUGUUAAGUGA